AUGCCAAUUUCACCGAAUUAUGCGGUGUCAUUAAACUAUGUGCAUGUUAAAGGUUCUUUAUUGGAGAAAGGCAUUACCGAAGCCGAAUUGGUCGGUGCUCACUUCCGUCGUGAAGAUAACAUGGUGGCCUUAGCUGAUGCUCGGGUCUUUAUUCGCGACCAAAGCAAGAUUAUCGACCUGGUCGAAAAGGAUCAACAAGACCUUCUUUCUGCUUGCCGUGGAGAUCCUGUGUUCGCGAAUAGGUUCAACGACGGCUGGGCCCUGUGCCAAGGCAGAUUCGACUAUUUACGCCAAUUUGUAGGCGGUAUGGCUACAAUGACCCCAAACACCGCAGGCAGAUAG